CGACCGGAGUUGUUCUCGUCUCCAGUUACCCUCUCUUCCUUCCCCUCUCUCUUUCACGGAUCCUUAGCCUGCUCACGAUGUCGUUCCUUGCACUCACUUCCCUCGUUCUCGUCGCGAUCCAAGCGCGCGCGUCCGUGAUGCCGAUCCGUGCCCCUGCCGCUGCUGCGAAGUGCCAGAAGUAUGUCGACAGCGCGAGCAAGGCUGCUGCCGCGCUUCAGAGCGAAUACUUCAAGGACGGGACGUAUGGCGACCAGGCUAUCUGGAUUGGUGCGGUCGACGCGUUCUACCUCAACCGAUUGGACGAUGUCGCCGGUACCUCGGACUACAAGGACGUAAUCACCACGGUCUUUAAUGGGCAGGAGGACUACCUCACCAACGGCGGCUCCUACGACGACGUGCAAUGGGUCUCCAUCGCCUACCUCGCGUACGGCGACCAGGAGAACGCGAAGAAGUACUACGACAUCGCCAGCAGCGCGCGCGACUCCGCGACGUGCGGCGGUGGCCUGUUCUGGAGCAGUGCGCGCGACUACAAGAACUCGAUCACGAACGAGCUGUACCUCGCGCUCUCCGGGUACAUGUACGAUGUGACGAAGGACCAGCAGUACCUUGACAACCUGAAAGAUCUCUACGCGUGGUUCAAGGACUCGAAGUUGCUUGGUGACAAGGGCUUGUACAACGAUGGCUUGACCAAGGACGGCUCCUGCGCGAACAACGGCGAGAACCCGUGGACGUACAACCAGGGCGUCGUGCUCGUCGGUCUCGGUUACCUUUACAAGAACGACAACCAGGACCAGGCCUACAUCGACGCGGCGUACAAGCUCGUCGACGCCGUCAUUGACAACCUCACAAUUGACGGCGGCCUCCGCGAGAACUGCGAGACCACCUCCCAGAACUUGUGCAAUGCGGAUCAGACCUCGUUCAAGGGCAUCUUCACUUACUACCUCGCCUGGUUCCUCGAGAUCACUGGCAAGGACAACGGCACGAAGUACUCCGACUUCAUCAAGGCGCAGGCGGACGCCGUCCUCAAGAACGCCGAGCAAGAUGGCGACAAGUACACUAACCUCUGGUACGGCGCCGACGAGGGCGCUGCCAAGCACUCCUCUCAGAGCCAGGGCUCCGCCCUUGGCGCCCUCCUCGCCGCGAGCAAGCAGAGCUGCUAAACGUGUUACGUGACACGCUACUGUGUCACAGUUCAUUUACGACCACGUGUAGCUCCCGGGUUAUGACGCGCACUGGCAGAUGUACUACUCGGUAACGGCUUGCUUUUGUACUCCCACCAUCGCUGUCUUUUACGCACCGUCGGACCUACCCUCAUACUUUACGACCAUUGGUGACGCAGGCUAUAUUUAUUGCAAUGUAACUUAUCGAACUCACAAGCUCUGAAGACUGACCAUGGAGAGGCCUUCUGCUGCCGAUGUGCCAUACCUGGCGGCCAUAUUGAUCCAUACGCGUGAGGCCAUCGAUUGGACCAGUGCGUUCGAUAGUAAAUAUCGGGCAAAUGGAUUGUUGA